CUUUACCAUUUUCCUACCAUUCAAGUUUGGGAGGGGCGGGGGGCGAGAUAAGCGUGGGGUGGGGGAUCCCACUAGCGAUGGAUGAUGAUGGGCGGGGGGCGGUGGUGGUUAGAGUCAACCACUAACCAUCUCUUCUGCACCCACCAACAACAGUGAUGGCGCCCCCGCUGCUGUCUACACUAGCCCACCACCGCUCCCCCGCCCCACCCUUUAACCUACUCCUCCACCACCUCCUUAUCUUAUAACCCCCCGCCAUUGCUCUGCCGCGACGCAGUGGAGAGAGAGAGAGAGAGGGGGCUGAUUCGUCUUCAACCCGCUUAUUCUUUGACUCCGGCGCGUCUUGGGCGCUAUGCCUUUUCCGGCGUCGGCAUUCCCUGUUAGUCGUGAUUCUUCCACGCCGCCGCAGGAAUUGAUUUAGGACCCAGACGGGGGGCGAUCUGGAUUCUGUUAGGUUCGUUGUUUUAGCUGGUACCGCCUCGAUUGAUGUCGUCGACCACGGACGCUGCGCCGGAAUCCGCCGUGGACGUGUUGGCGGUUGUGCAGGAGAAGCCCGCGAGGAGAUUCCCGGCGCCGUGCUGGACGCAAGAGGAGACCUUGGCCUUGAUCGAGGCGUACCGCGAGAGGUGGUACGCGCUCCGGCGUGGGUACCUCCGGACGGCGGACUGGGACGCGGUGGCUGAGGCGGUGUUCAGCCGCUGCCCCGAUGCGUCUCCUGCCAAGACGUCCGCUCAGUGCCGCCACAAGAUGGAGAAGCUCCGCCAGCGUUACCGCGCCGAGAAGCAGCGGUCCCUCUCCUUUCCUGCCGGAUGCUUCUUCUCCAACUGGUUCUUCUUCGAGAACAUGGACGCCAUGGAGAACGGGACUCAGGUCUCAGCUGCGAGAUCCAAUCCCGAUCCGGAUGAACAGACCAAUCCAGGUAAUAAUUCCUUUGGUUUCAAAACCCUAAUUGAUCAGGGCUUGCUGAAAUCAAAGCCUAACAAUUCCAGAAAACUCACAAAACCAGCAGAUGAUUCAAACCCUAAUUUUGGGCCUCCAGUCCCAAAUGGCUACUUGUCCUAUUUCGACGUCGCAAGCAGCAAGCAACAGCAAGUGGAAGCGCUCCCUUUAGAAAAUGCCUUCCCCAUCAAAACCCGAGUCGAGGCGAUCCCACUGGCUAUUGGAUUCCACCCAAAGAGAAGUGGGGAGCUGAGGAAUGGAUUCAACAGAGAGUACGAUGAAAGAAAUGACCCGAGCGAAGAAUAUCUAAUGAGGGCGUUGGAACAAAGAAAUUCAAGUCAUAUGAGGGGAAGCUUCAUGGAAGGCUCAAAUCUCGACAGGGCUGUGUCCGGUUUUCCCAGAUUAGGGGAUAAGAGCUCCGGCGGGAGUGGUGGGGGGUUGAAGAGGGAGAGGGAAUCAAGUGAUUCAAUUGACCAGAUCGCUUCGUCCAUCAGGUUCUUGGCAGAAGGGUUCAUCAAGAUCGAGAAGAUGAAGAUGGAGAUGGCGAAGGAGAUUGAGCAGAUGAGAAUGGAGAGGGAGAUGAAGCACAGCGAGAUGAUUCUUGAAUCGCAGAAGCACAUUGUGGGUGUUUUCGGCAAGGUGUUGAGCGAGAUGAAGAAGAACAUUAAAAAAGCCAAGACAUUUGCCUCUCAAGGAGAAUCAUAGACAUUUGCAUCUCUGUUGGUAAUUUUCCCUCCUCUGUUCACUGAUACAUCAAAACUCGAACAAAUAUGGACAUAUAUCGUGUCUACAUUCAUUCAUUUCUCAUGUAUCAAGAAAGUUAUACGGGUCAGUUGAAAAAAAAGAGCGGAGCGAGUAUAUGAUACGAAGUAUGAGAUAUGAUUUGGGCUAUAUAUAUUUAUGUAUAGCUUAUGUGUUGUAGCUAUGAGAGUCCAUAUGUAUCAUAGUAUAAAAGGUGGUCUUGAUUCCUGAAGCUCAUUCAUUGUAAACUGCAGCUUCUGAGCAUGAUGAUUUGAAGUUGAGUUAACAUUAUGUGAGAUUUCUUUGAAUUUGAUCAAUGUGAAAUAAGUAUGGAGUUGUCUU